AAGGAGGACAUUAGAAGAUGAAUGUAUUUUCUCUGAUCAGAUCUUCUCGGUUGUUGAUGUUUUAGCAUUAGAUUUACAUCAGUGAACAAAACCUGAGCUAGAGAAAUAACUACUCCUUCCACGUAGCGGCUUAGAUAGUUUCCAGAAGAUUCAGUUGUUGUUCUAUCCACAAAAAGUCACAAAAAAUGCCGUCUCCUGCCAGUCAGCCGAAUCAGGCGAAUCAGGCGGUUGGGCAAAACGCAGCUGAGGUUCAUAAUCGCGUAAUGUACGUAAAGCUUCCAUUUGGGGACUACGACCGAAAGGCGGAUACUGUGAUCAAACUGAUAGUACCAGAGAGGAACGAGGGUAAGCCGUUGCACUCUUUGAUGAGGAAAAUCGUCAAAUCCUUCCCGAAGAUAACAAGCUUGCUGUAUGAAGAUAGGGGAGAAAGGUAAAAAUUCUACUUACUUAGUAAGUUCUUCAUCUUUAUUUUGAGAAUAAGAAUGAAAUUGCUUAUUAAUUUUGAAGGUUUGUUCCUGUUUAAAUCAGGGUUUUUUACCUUGUUGAGACGCAAGUAGAAGAGUCUCCAGGCUAUAGUGGUAUAAUUCUGUUCAAAACAAAGGUAUAAUUCUUGAAAUCAGCACAAGAAUGUUGAAGAUGCAAAGAAACUAGCUAGCUUCAGAGUGAAUCUUGAAUAUCACUUUCAGGUUGAUCAUGACCUACAACGGUGUAGAAGUCGACCUUGAGCUUGCCUGUAAGGAUCUUCCUACGACUGAGGACGUGCCGGCUAUGAUAGAGGUGGCGCCUGCAGAACGCCCGGCUGCUGUAGUAGAGGAGGUCGCCGCACCUGUAGUAGAGGACUCAGCAGCUGUGGUCCCGCCACGACCUGUAGUAGAGAGCUCAGCAGCUGGUGAAUACGUAGAAGUUGUUCCUGGUAGUAAGCAAGCAUUUCUUGGUCCAGGAAGUCAACAGCUAGUUCAAGGAAGUCAACAAGUUGUAGUCCCAGGCACUCAGGUGAUACCAGAACAUCAAGAAGCAGCGGGAGGGGAGCGAGAAGCCUCAGAGAAGUUAGCAGAAAUAGCGGUGGGACACGCCUCAGAGAAGGUAGCAGAAAUAGCGGUGGGACACGCCUCAGAGAAGUUAUUAGUAGAAGGUGGGGGCGCAUCCUCGAUUUUCCCUCUAAAUGGCGCUCCAUCUCCCACUAAAGGUGUCGACGUUUCGGCAGGUCUGGUAUCCGCAGUAGAGCAGGGUAAAAGUGAAGCCGCCGUAAGCGAUUUCGUCAGUGCUUUGGAAGAAGACGUUGGGGGUGGUGCUGAAGAGGGUAGUAGAGUGGAUAGUGGAGCUGGAGCUGAAGAGGCUGUUGUUGAGAAACAAGGUGCUGUUCUUGAAGAAAAACCUCAUGGUGCGGACGAGCAUGUUGACGGGGCUGUAGAAGAACAAGAAAACGAUGUGCUGCAGCAGCGAGACGAGCAAGGAGUACCUCCAGAUGAACAUGAAAUCUCCAAUUCCCUAAUAUUGGGAGAACAUGUAGACGGGGGUCCACCGCCAGCUACGAUGUUGAUUCCACAGGCCACUGCGGAUCUUCCACCAGCGACUCCCUUCACUACGGAGGAUGCUCAUGCCGUGCCACAACCAUCUUCGACUGCACUCAUACCUCAGAUGUCUCCGGAAGCUGUUCUCCCAGGAGCUACAGAAGAUCUACCAGAAGAUGAGGGAGAAGUAGAGGUGAAUCCGUAUGGAGAAGGUGCUGAUGUAGAAGCUGAUGCUGAAGUCGAAGCUGAAGUAGAAGCUGAUGCUGAAGUGGAAGCUGAAGCUGAAGUGGAAGCUGAUGCUGAGGUGGAAGCUGAUGCUGAGGUGGAAGCUGAUGCUGAAGUGGAAGCUGAAGUGGUUGAAGAAGUCGACAGCGCCGCAGGAGUAGAUGAUGAAGUCGGUAGCACAGCCGCAGUCGAACAACCUUUUGAAGCGAGUGCUGCGCCACCUCCAGCUUCUGCGGGGCCACGAGGUGGAGAGGAAGAAAAGAUUGGAGAGAACGAUGAGCGUGAGGAUGACCCUAUGGAUGUCGACGAAGUGCCGGCAAAUGCGGUAGAAGAUGAGAAUGUAGUAGAAAACAUAGUAGUAGACUUAGUCAGCUCCGAAGGUGAUGACGAGGACAAGGAAAAUGCUGGAGGAGUGAGUACUAACAAAAGUAAUAACAUCAAUGUUCCAGCAGAAAAAAAUGAAAAACUACAAGCAGCACCAAAAAAAAACAGCAAGAAGAAGAAGAAGGCGUCUUCAAAUACGCUGAUUCUGAAUGAUGUCAACCUCGCUGAAGAUGCGUUUGGAGAAGGAGAUCCAGAAGAUUCGAAGAUGCGUUUGGGUAAGAAGAGAAAACAAGUAGACAAUGAGCGGUUACUAGGUGAUGAAGAUCGUGAAGAUCAGGAUGUUGAAGAUCUGGGAGACAAGCGGGAAGAUGACGAUGAGGGUGCUUCACGACCUCCAAGCAAGAAACAAAAGACUGCUGGACGACCAAAAGCAAAGGCAAAAAACAUCAACACGACGUCGAAAAAGAAGAGUACUAAGAAAGCAGAUGCAGAUGCUCCAGUCCUGAUGGACAGUGACGAAAAUGUCGGUAGCUUGGACAUGGUGGUAGCUGAUCCUCUAGCCCAAGACCAGAAUCGGCAUUACUGUGCAGUCCAUGGUUGCAAGGAUUCAUACGCGACGAAAACAGGCUAUGCAAGUCUCGCAGGGCUGACAAAACAUCUCGCUGCGAAACAUCCCUCUUUUGUCGCUUGUGCCGGACAACUAGGGGCUGGAAAUAGGAAAAAGAACUCUUUGGUGAGUAAAGCAAACGGCGGUCGAGGAAGUGGUGGCAACAAGGAGAAUGGUAAAAACACUGGUACUAAUGGAGCAUCUUCUUCGUCAUCCUCUUCUUCAGCGAACAACAAUGCAGGAGUAGAUCCUCUAGUAGGUUUCGCCUGGAGCCAAGAGGAGGUAGUCAAAAAGGGUGCUGCAAAAGGGUGGAAGGUCUUUGUUUGGUUAGCCGAUACAGGUAAAGGCGACUGGAGCUGUCACUGGACCAUUACCUCGAAAGAUUAAGGAAUCCCCUAAUCCAUCUCAUCUAUAGGGAUCCCUCAAACAUAUGCGCCCCAAUACAAGGGAGAUGCUGACGCAUAUGCUUGAGGGAUUUCCACAGGGAUGAAUAGGGGAGAGCUCUAAAAAGAGGGGAAGAAGUUUCAAAAUUGGGGAGCCAAACUUCAGCGCAGUGUCCGAGACGAAGCUAGUGCCGAAGUUUUUGAAUACUUAAACAUCGAAGUUCGACCAAAGUUGUUGGGUGCUGCGAAUUUGAAAAAAGCACAACUACAACAAGAGCGUGACGAAAAAAACAUCAGAAAGCAUGCGGAAGCUAGAAAACGACAGGUGUUGGCGGAUACAUUGGAGAAAGAAGGCAGUUUAGCUGCGGCAAGAGCAGAACGGCGCAUGCUAUUACCUGACUUGGACGUCGACGCGUUGGCGGAGGCUUUCUUGAGUCAUGAAAACGCCGUUCUACAACGCUUAGCGCCAGUAGUGAAAGAACAAAUGCUAAGUGGGAAAAUGCUGCUCGAUUGGCACACUGAGAAACGCAACCUGUUGGACAAUGAACUGGUGAACAACUUUCUCGAGAGGGACAGAGAAGCCAGAGAUCUGGUUCUAUCAGAGUUUUUAAAUGAUGCGGGUGCAGCAGGAGCCGCUUCAUCCUCAUCUUCCAGUUCAUCUUCUUCGACGACAGCAAAUCAAACUACCUCUCUAGAAGUCCCUCCAAAAGCACUAUCCAUAGAACAACGUCUGCGCACGUGUAAGCCUCUCCCUCUCCACGGCGAUGAAAUGCGAUUGCUUACCGCAAAAACCUCUGCUGUUCUUAUUUCCUUCCUCGAAAACGAGCCGAACAAUCCCUACCUCGAACCUCAGAACGGUCCUCCUGUCAUGUUCCUUCUAGGAAAAGUCCGAGGUGGUGCUGUGCCUGUGACUACCACUACAACGACCUCGACGACAGUUACUGCACCUGUCCAACAAGCAGCGCCUGUAAUCCGGUUUGGUCGAGCAAAUAGUCCCGAUACGGUCAAUUGGGUGAAUCACUUGCUCAAUUGCUCCAACGUGGAAAUCAUGAAGAGCAUCUCCCGGGAGCACUUUCGCGUCCAGUUUGUUCGAGGGUUAGCGGGAACUGCUAGUGAGUUUGAUGGCAGGUGGAUUUUGACGGACACGAGCACGAGUGGAGUCUGGAUCAACGGCGUGCGUGUGAAGCAAAAGCAGCCGACCAAGCUCCAAGACCAUGAUGUAAUCACCUUCGCGGAACCAGAAGUAACAAAGAUUCAUAGAAACUUCAGGUUUAGAUUCAGGAUCCUCUAACGGACGGUAGCUUUUCUUGAUUAUAUCAGGUUUAAAUUUAGGAUUCUCUAACGGACGGUAGAUUCAGGAUCCUCUAACGGACGGUAGCUUUUCUUGAUUAUAGUACCACUUAAAUAAACAGGAUCCUCUAACGGACGGUAGCUUUUCUUGAUGAUACCACUUAAAACAAAAACAUCUGAAAGAGUGUUCUUAUCUUCAGGACUAAACUCUGAUUUCAUUUCUUUACGAGCACUCAGUACGUAGCAGAACCUAACUACUUCACUAAUCACGAGGAAACAAAAGAUGUACUAUCAAAAAUGUACGUAAGAACUGAAACGUUGAGGUAGCACUGAUAUGUUUCUACCAACCGAAGUCGUCACAAGAAUUCAAAAACUUCCGUAUCCCUGAACAUCCUAUGGAGAAUUCGCACCCCUUCCUUGAUUUAGAUAUUGAUCGAAUCACCACAACAAGUGGAAAAAGUUUCAAGACCAUGACCAUCUAUGGUAUUCCAGUGUGACGCGCUGUCUGUAUACAUAGGAAGAG